AUGUCCUCCCACCUAUCGUCCGACGACCCCGUGCCUCGUGCACAGACGCCGGACUCGGCGCCCACGCUGAUUCCUCGCCUGCCUGUCAUUGAACUCACACUGGCAUUUGAAAAUGCCUCCAGGCCGCCGCCCAACCACGACGAACUCUUCCACACCUCCACCACGGCACCAACAGCGCCCACAAACUCGUCUGCUACUGAUAUUCCCGCAGAUGUGCACCCUCCAGAUCCCUCCGAUGACCACGAAGACCUGAUCAGUCUGUUGCCUCGCAUGCCUGGCAUCUAUGACUUCACUGGCUUGAAGUCCGAAACAAACGAGCUGUACGAUAACUUGACUGACAAAUUGAACCUGGAAAAGCGUCCAGCCGUAGAUGGCAGCCCUAUGACCAAUUCACAUGAUCGUCUCUCGCUCGGAGGCAACUCCAGUGUCGAAACUGGUGAAUUGACGCGUGAUGACGAUGUGCCUGUGAAGCAGCCUUCACAAGCGGCAUCCUCGACCGAAAAGCUCGUGGCCUCUUCACCCGUUUGUGAAGAUGACAGUUCUGUGUCCUUGAAAUCAGCUACGGAUGGGCUUGAUCAGGCCGAAGACCUCGUCUUCGCCCUGAGUACUCCUAAACCAGAAGAUCAGGCAGACCAGGUAACCAUUCCCCUCGUGGCAUCUGCAGUAUCUAACCAGUCUGAAGAAGGCGACAAAACUCAGGAGAUUGUAGCCAGUGAUGUACAUCCCGAGCUGUCUUACGCAGGUUCUGCUUCUCUCUCUGCUCUGGAAGCUAACAAGAGUCUCCAAGAUGUGCCAGAGAGAUCCCUUUCACGGCCUGUACAGCAGUCCCCCGGCACUCUAAGUGCUCGCCUGGAGAUCAGCCCGCAGGUGCUCCAUCGCAGCGACAACCUAGACGUUAAUUCUCUUGAUGUGCCAGUGCGUGGUGAUUUGUUGAAAGGUGAUGUGUCAAUCUCCAGAAGUCCAUAUCUUGAUUCCCCUGAACUCGCUUCUUACAAGCCAAUGCUUGAUCCAGGCAAGCCUAAGGCUGGUUUUGGAAGCUACGAAGAAAUUCUAAAGCGUCCUUACGACCCGCUAGACAGGGAUUCGGAUUCGUUGCGCUCAACGACUUCAUCAGGAGACGAUGUAAAGCCAAACAUUAAUGACUCUGGCGCUUUGGGCAAGAUCAGAACAGUCCAUGAUAGUGUUGAUGAUGAUGAUGAUAAAGACAUGGGAGAUAUGAGUCAUUCCACUGCGUUAGAGGAGCCCCUCGGAGGUCUCAAUAUCCGCAAUCUUUUUGACGGGGGAACGCGUUCAUUCUCGACCCUGACAGUGUUGAGAAGCCCUCCACCACCACCUCCAAUGUCCCAACCUCCCAAGAUCAAUUCUGCACACCCAACAUCUCCCUUCCCUAAUCCAACUAUUGGCUCCACUUUCGCUCAAUCCACUACCCCAGCUUCUCAGACUACCAGCACGUUCCUUUAUCAAUCGCCAGUACAGAAGUCUCCUAUGCUAACACUGGGUCUUAAUUCACCGGCUCAGAAAUUUCAGGUCAAUGGAAGUUCCAAGCCAAGAAAGAAUGGUAGCAGAGUUAAGGGUGUAUUUUCAUCCAUGUUCGGAAAACACAGACUGAGUGGAGGAAAAGACAACAUCAACCCUGCAACAUCGCCAGAAUUGAGCAUGAAAAUUAGUACGCCGUUCAAUGCUAAACAUGUUGCACACGUUGGCAUUGACGAUGAUGGUUCUUAUACGGGCUUGCCUAUUGAAUGGGAAAGGUUAUUGAGUGCAAGUGGUAUAUCCAAGAAAGAACAGGAACAGCAUCCACAGGCUGUCAUGGAUAUUGUGGCUUUCUAUCAAGAUUCAAAUGAGAAUGCCGAUGACAACGCCUUCAAGAAAUUUAAGCAGACGAAUUAUGGAAAUGUCUCCUCAACUUCCCUUUCGAAGACCACAAAUGAUUCUUCCGCCUCUCUUGCACAUUCUUCGCCACCCUCAACGCCGACGAUGCCUCAUAGCUCUGAACUGUUUGAUCAGAUCCCUAUCACACCUCAACAAUACCACCAAACUCCUACAACCACUCCAGCACAAACCAGCACACCUUUGCAGAAUGUGAAAACACCAAAUUCUUACGAGGGUCAAUUCAUUCCAAGCAGGCCGGCUCCAAAACCACCUUCGACCCCAAGUGCCACAGCACCCGAGACUUCUCAAACUCCAACUAGCGCCGGUCGCAAAGGUUCUUUCAUGGGAAGGCGGUCCAUCUCCAGCAAAUCUUUGAAACUGAUAAAGAAUGCCAAGAAUGCCGGUGACUUAAUUUCCGCUCCACCAUUGCCAACUAAUGUUAGUGCUCCAUUGCGUGCACCACCCCCACAACCUCUGGGUAAGAUUCCAAAAUCAAAAUCGCACAACUAUUCCCUUGCGUCGCAGGUACAACCAGAAAAUCGUCACCCAACUACAGCGCCCGUCGCUCCAGUCCCAAGGUUUGAGGCCUCGGACUACAAUAGAACGAGGGAAGAAUUCAAAAGCCAUCGGGCUCCUCCACCACCUCCUCCUCCUCUGUCGCAAGGAAAGACACCAGCACAAGCUUUGGAAGAGGUCACCUCCGAUAAAGAAUAUCGCCCACAAGUGGAUGAGUCCGCAGGAGUAACCUCUGAGCGUCAAAACCGCAAUCUGCAACCUGUUCGUGAUGCUAAGAAGGCUGCACUUUUGGCUCAGAAGAAACGGGAAGAGAAGAAGCGUAAGAAUCAACAAAUUAUCUCGAAAUUGCAAAAUAUUUGUACCGAGGGCAAUCCAAACGAUUAUUACAGAGACUUGAAGAAGAUUGGCCAGGGAGCCUCCGGUGGUGUUUACAUCGCUCACACCGUUAAUGCUCCUACUAUGGUCGUUGCGAUUAAGCAAAUGAAUCUUGAACAGCAACCUAAGAAGGAACUCAUCAUCAAUGAAAUUCUAGUCAUGAAGGGUAGUAAGCACCCCAACAUUGUCAACUACAUUGAUUCCUAUUUACUUAAAGGUGAACUAUGGGUUGUCAUGGAAUACAUGGAAGGUGGUUCCUUGACAGAAAUUGUCACACAUAGUGUCAUGACAGAGGGGCAAAUUGGUGCAGUUUGUCGUGAAACACUUAAGGGUUUGAAAUUCUUGCAUAGCAAGGGUGUCAUUCACAGAGAUAUUAAGUCAGACAACAUCUUACUUAACACUGAAGGAAUGAUCAAGAUGACAGAUUUUGGGUUCUGUGCUCAAAUUAACGAACUCAACUUGAAGAGAACAACCAUGGUCGGUACCCCUUACUGGAUGGCUCCUGAAGUUGUGUCUAGAAAGGAGUAUGGACCAAAGGUUGAUAUUUGGUCGUUAGGUAUCAUGGUAAUUGAAAUGAUUGAAGGUGAGCCUCCCUACUUGAAUGAGACUCCAUUGAGAGCGUUGUACUUGAUUGCUACCAACGGAACUCCAAGAUUGAAGGAGCCCGAGGCAUUGAGCAAUGAUAUCAAGAAAUUUUUGUCUCGCUGCUUGCAAGUCGAACCUUCUAUGAGAGCAACUGCCGAAAAGCUUCUUGAGGAUAAUUUUAUUCUUGAGAGUGAUCAUGUAUCGUCAUUGGCCCCGUUGGUUAAAAUUGCUAGAAUGAAGAAGGCCAACGAAAGCUUAGAUGAUUGA